AGCCCAGCAAAUCUAGAGUAAUACUUUUUGCCAAAAGCCAGGCGGCAUGAACCUCACUCUUCUCUGGGUGCUUCUGCCACUGCUCACUGUUGCCUGGGGCCAGUAUGGUGACUACUACGGGUACCCAUACCAGCAAUACCACGACUAUGGUGAUGAUGGCUGGGUGAAUCUGAACCGUCAGGGCUUCAGCUACCAGUGUCCCCACGGGCAGGUGGUGGUGGCCGUGAGAAGCAUCUUCAACAAGAAAGAAGGUUCUGAUAGACAAUGGAACUAUGCCUGCAUGCCCACACCCCAGACCCUUGGGGAGCCCACGGAGUGCUGGUGGGAGGAGAUCAACAGGGCUGGCAUGGAAUGGUACCAGACGUGCUCCAGCAACGGACUGGUGGCGGGAUUCCAGAGCCGGUACUUCGAGUCAGUGUUGGACCGGGAAUGGCAAUUUUACUGCUGUCGUUACAGCAAGAGGUGCCCAUAUUCCUGCUGGCUGACCACAGAGUAUCCAGGCCAUUACGGAGAGGAAAUGGACAUGGUUUCCUACAACUAUGAUUACUAUAUCCGAGGAGCCACAACCACUUUCUCUGCAGUGGAAAGGGAUCGCCAGUGGAAGUUCAUAAUGUGCCGGAUGACUGAUUACGACUGUGAAUUUGCAAGUGUUUAGAUUUGUCAUCCACUAAAGCUGGGUACAGGGAGAGGGGCCGGGUGUCCUGAGGGUGUCGCAUAUGUUUAACAUCGGUUGGAACUCCUGUAGCUGUCUCUACUGCUCUCUUUUUUCCUCUUGGAGCUGGAAGCUUCAGUGCCAGCUUCCUGGGCUGCUUGCCUAGGGUCACAUUUACAAUGAAAUUGUGCUUUUCACUUUUAACACACUCCAUGGCAACGGUCUUCCAUGACUGGGGAUGGCUUUCUUACAUACCACAGGUACAUAUAGCAAGCACGCUUCCAGCCCACCUCCUGGAGCACAGCCUUGUGACUGCUGUCACUGUAAAAUUAGCUUCAAGCGCAGCAUGGUGAACCUGGAUGACGGGAGGGCCACAGCUUACGGAGGGGUACAAUGAAGGCACCUAAGUCUACUCAACUGAUGACCAGGGUCCUCACUAAGUUCAGCCUUCAGCCUUAAGGGGACAUGUAUCCUCUUUCCCUCUCACAGGAACAGUGUGUGUUGCCAAAUCCAAGUGCGGAGCUCUGUGCUCCAGAAGUGAAAGAGGGAGGUGGAAAGGUUUGAGGGCAGAGCUGAAUGAAAGACUUAGGGUAGGAAGAAGUUCUUCAAUUUAAUGAUGAGUGCUACCAAACCCAGAGAUGAAAAUGACUAUGGGGACAGUGGUGCCUAUGUGAAACCGCCAGGAAGGUAAAAGUAAUGAAAAGAGAAAUGUCAGAGAAUGGGGCUCAGAUUGGAACCCUGGGGAGAUGAGAGUGGCCAAGUGGCUUUAGAGUCAUCAGUAACUAGAGACUAGAGGCUGCCCAGGACUCCUGGGCAGGUUGACAUGUGCCUGGUCACCUUGGAGUACCACUGAAAAUCUACCUGGACUGGUCCAGGUGGGAAGGCUGCCCUGAGGAUCCAAUUCUACUUGUGGUAUCUCAGAAAUGUCUUCUGCAGAGGUGGUCCUAGCUCUUUUGCUCCUCUGAUGCUUCUUUCCCCAGCCAUUUAUAUUCUCCCUUCAUAACAAAAAUAAAAAAAUAAAUACAUGAAUAGUUGGCAAA